CUGGUUUAUUAAUUUUUGGGCUUAAAACGCGGAACAAUAUUAAGCUGUGACAAAAAAAUUAGAGCCAAACAGGUUCUUAGUGCUCCGGACCGAGCUGGACCUAGUUAUUAUAUACAGAGACACAGGUUGAGGGUUAGGGUUUAUCAUCUUCAAUAACAAUUAAGCUUGAAUCGCAAUGACUAAGUUCAGGAAGCUUAAUCGACCAACAGGUCAUCGCAUGUCUAUGCUCAGAACAAUGGUUUCGCAGCUUGUUAAGCAUGAGCGUAUCGAAACUACUGUUGCUAAGGCAAAAGAAGUUCGUCGACUAGCUGACAAUAUGGUACAGCUUGGAAAGGAGGGCACUCUCUGUGCUGCAAGACGUGCUGGUGCUUUUGUUCGAGGUGAUGAUGUCAUUCACAAGCUAUUUACAGAGUUGGCUUAUCGAUACAAAGAUAGAGCAGGGGGAUACACAAGAAUGCUCCGUACUAGAAUACGAGUCGGUGAUGCUGCACCAAUGGCCUAUAUAGAGUUUAUAGACAGAGAGAACGAGCUUAGACAAUCGAAACCCCCAACUCCUCAACCACCACAAAGAGCACCUCUGGAUCCAUGGACAAGAUCCCGACUUAGCAAGCAGUUUGCGCCACCCAAGGAGGAAAAGAGUUCUGAUUCUGAUAUUUAGUAAUGUUAUAGUUCCUUGUUUUCUUGGUUUUUAUAAGCCAAAUUGUUGUUUAUCUUUUAAUAUUCAGAAGAAUUUUACCUCAAGUGUUAAAACCAAUGGGUUGGUGAAGUUUAUACAUAAUAAGCGACUUUGUUUUUUAGAAA